AUGUUCGCCAAAGCAGCCAAUUCAACUCCGGUCGUUCCCUCGCGCAAUGCCCUCCGAACCCUCCGUCAAUUAGCUCUCGCCGGAGGUACUGUGGGGAGCUGCUGCGCUCUUAUAGCGGUCACUUAUGAUGUCCAUCGCCGAGUCCGCGUAGCCGAGCAGAUCGUCGAGAACAAACGCAUUAUCCACACCUCCGCACCAAAUUACAACGCGAAAGCAUCUGCACAGCGCCUCGCCCAUAUGAUGGAAGCAGCAGAAGCAGGGAACUUCAUGGGAUUCGAGUCCAUGAAAUCCAAGAAGUCGCAGGUUGCGGAUAUGGCCGCGGAGUCCAGUGAUUCAUCUUUGCCAGAACCUGCUUCUGUACUGCACUUGCCACAAUUUAGCCAAAUUCCGGUCGGUCUAUUCAACUAUGACGGUUCCGACUCCGCUUUGAAACACGACCACCGCAACAAGAAACAGCAAGCAUACGAGACUAAAAAGGCGCAACGCGCACGUGCACUGGGCAAAGUGCCUUUCGAUGAACAAAUCCGUCAAAUGAUCAUCCAGGGCAAGGAGAUUCAGGCCACGAAUAUGUUUAUCAAGGAACAUAAUAAGACGAAGAGCCCGAAUGGGACUUCCUGGGACAGACGACAGCUCGGAUACCACCUGUUCACUGAAAACUGCAAGAAAGGGAAUGUGUUUAUUGCCCGAAACCUUUUCCACCGUAUGGAGAAAGUGGCUGAGAUCGAUUCCAGUAUCUGGGCCAUGAUGAUGCAUCUACUGGCGAAAGAGGGGCACGUGGAAGCAGUAUGUGCCGUUUUCGAGAAACACCGCUUCAAGUUGCAAGUACCUGAACAUCUACUGGAAGUCGUCCUCCGAUGCCUUCUUGAGUCCCGGAGAUUAAGUUUGGCCAAGUGGUUUUUCUUCAACCAUAUCAAGCAUGACGUGGAAGGUGGUUUAUGCGGGGCAUACCUCGACGGGGUAUGGAAGAAGGCUCGAAACACCGAUCUUUUAGCCGAUGAAUUCCGACUGGUCUUGAAGCAUUUGUCCGAUCUGGAGCGCAAACCUACCGAGAAAGUUUUCAACCCGAUGAUCAAGGCUUUCGUCGAUUCUGGGAAACACCAAGAUGCUGAAAAUUUGGUGGCUGAUAUGCCCGACAAGUACCACGUUGCUCCUGGAUGUCGAUCAAUCGGCUUGCUGUUGUAUGGCAGAGCUGCAUUGUGUGAUUGGGAGCGCGUUAUGGAUGGGUUGCGCGAUAUGCAUGCGCGUGGAUUGACCGCAGAAAAGCGUAACUUCGCCCGUGUCUUUGAUCGUCUCCUCCUGGAGUACUAUCCCACUCAUUCAGGUCGAGAAACGUUCGCAUUCAUUGUCAAUUCUAUCAACGAAUUCGGUAUUGUACCUGACCGAGUUCUCCACCGUCACAUUCUCGAGGCUCUGGUUGAAAGGGGUGACACCAACAUGAUCGCGCAAAUCACCGAGAUGAGUCAGAAGCGCCAAUGGAAAUCCGGGAUUGACAAAGUCGCCUUUCAGAAGAUUUUGAACGCUCGUCGUGUGAUGAUGCAGUCGACCCCUGUCGGAUCGUGGAACAUGAUGAAAGCGGCAAAGAGGCAAUACGUGCAGGUCGCUUCCUCCCGGAGCAUUCUGGGAGCCAGCGCCGAGUCAUAUUCGCUAGAUGGCGAUAGUCUGAGACCCGUUCGCCGCGCCGCUGAAACGAGCUACCGUGAGAGCGUGGACGAGCUUGCUGCCACUAAGUCCAUCAAUCUCUACAUGCCGUUGGAAAAGCGAAUGGAGCAGUUUAUCCACGCUGGCCACUUCAGCAAGGCGAAGUUCACUUUCGACAAAGCGACAGAAGGCGGCCAUCCCAUCAAAUCGGUUCACCUCUCCCUAGCAGCCGUCGCCCAUAUUUUGGAGAACGGCUCGACCGACUUAGAAGAAGUCCGUCAGAGCAUCAGAAAACAAUGGCUUGAAUGGAAGAACCGGCCGACCGUUCGAUACACCCUUCCUUUCCCUUCAUUUGUGCCUGUAUUUUUACAGCAGAUCGCUCAACUUGAUAGAUCCAAAGUCCGUGACUCGACUCUAUACAAGUCUGCACUGUUGGAAUUCAAUAACAUCUGCGCUGACACGCCAACGCUCAUUGUCAAAAACCAUGCAUCGGUGGCCCUCAGUCGGCGCCUGAUCAAAGAGGGCCGCCAAGUGAUAGCGAUUGAAAUCCUGAAAGCAGUUUACAAGUCCAAGUGGCGCAAAACCCACAAUUUCGACCAAGUUCAGCUCAAGAUGCUCUUCCGUGCCUACGCUAUUGAGAACAACAUCCGAGGUAUCUGGUGGUGUAUAUCGACUGUGCUGACUCGAUACGAGCGACCCUCGCGUUCAUUCGUCGCUGAAGCCGAGCGCCUCCUUCCCAUGCUCGAGAGGAGAGUCGCUGGAGUGUCCGGCCAUGACCUCAAUGUCAUUCACCAACUAGUGGAAAUGCUCAGGAAGAAGGCUGCCAGUGAUGAUCCUACUCUCUACGCCGUCAGCCGUCAACAAAAAAGUAAGAUGAGAACCAAGCUGGCCUUGCCUCGUCCCGUCACAAGCUAUGGACAUCUAUCAGAUGAAACGGUCGAUGCAGUUCUCGUGAAAUUCGACGAAGAGAUGGAGUUUGACCUGCUCGAUAGGGUUCACGACCCCAAUGGCAAGGAGGUACUGCUGUGGUGGAGCGAGAGGUCCAUCAAUUCUGAGCACCGCCUCUUGCCUGAGCAUCCGGACUACCCCGAGCCUAAGGGCUUCCGGGACGAAAGGGCCGUGCGCUCUUGA